AUGAAUCCUGAUGCGCGGCCGUUCAUCCCCACGUUUGCCCGCUCCAAAACUGAACGCCAAAUAUAUAGCCGUGCUGCGUUAAAAGAUAUUGAACUCUCAGUUAUUGAGAAUAUUCGUUCGGCUUCUUUGGCGAAGAUAAAAUCCAUUCCACCUGCCCCAGUGAACUUCGUCAGUCUUGUAAAACUCCCCAGUGCUCUUGAGUUUCUUAAUGUGGACCAUGUAGUAACACUCGUUAAAGGUAAAGAGUGUAGUACAGAUGCUGAAACACCUCUUUGGUGUUCGAAAGUUCAACCCAACGCUCUUAGUAGUAGCACUAGCAAUAUUUUACCACAUUCCAAUCAAUGCCAACAUGGUCUGGAAGCUUGUCCUAUUAUACAAGAAGUAAUAUCAUCAUCAGUACGACGGGCAGCAUCUAGUCGUCUUGGGGCGGUAAUGCUUCAAUCUGGUGAUGUUGUUUUGGGUCUUUUACAAAUAGCACUUGUAUUUGAAGCACGACAAAGUUCCCUUCGACUCCGUUUGCUGGCUGAACAACAUCCUAAUGUGCUUAAUCUCAUUAAGGAGUAUCUGUGUGGUGAAGGUUACCAUCUCCCACUUCCAAGUGUUACUGCCCACGAAGAUUGGCAAACUCUUAAUUCUAUGUUAAAGUUUGACUGGAUUCGUGAUAAUCGCACACGAAUCUUUACAGAAAUAUCUAAACGUUGGAAAAAAAGACACACACAAUUUGAACAAUUUGUGUAUUUUUUUGAAUAUCGUGAUGAUCGUCCAGUUCAUCCUGUGAAAAACAUGCUUACACACUCCACAACACCUGUUCUAGUUUCUAUACUUUCUGGUGAUGUGAUGGCAGUAGUAUUGCUCGCACGACUUGGCUUCUUUGUACCUCCAGAUUAUUACUGGGAUAUAUUUUCAUUUUUUGCUGAAUCUUUGUUAUCAAUAAGAAGUGAUGGGCAGAUGUAUAGCCUUAUGCGACAUCUUUGCCUACACCUCGCUGAACGACAACAAGCACUCCGUGGAGAUGUAUUUAACCCCAUCCUUCCCCCUCAGAAGAAGUAA